CGAGCUGGCGGGAGGGGGAGAGAAGUAGGCGGGGCUCUGAGCCCGAGAGGUUGUCCUUAGACAGCUCUUCUCAUGCCGGGCAGUUUGCUGCAUCUGGAGGAGCUCACUGGAGAAUCUCCAACCUCAGAGCGGGCCUUCAACUACCAUAUCACCACCUGUGGAAGAGCAAAGGCCUCCACGACUGAGUACCAGAGGCCCCAGGACCAUGCUGUGCUCCUUCAUCCUCUUGCUUUUUUGCAUUCGGUUGAGUCUGGGUGUGGCAUCCACAGAUAUGCAAUCUCAGCCGGAGCUGUGGAUAGAGAGCAACUACCCCCAGGCCCCCUGGGAGAACAUCACACUUUGGUGCAAAAACCCUUGUGGAAUUGCAAGCAAGUUCCUGCUGACAAAGGACAAAACAGAGAUGACCUGGAUUCGCCCUUCCUACAAGACCUUCCAAGUUCCCUUCCCCAUUGGGGCCCUGACUAAGUCCAAUGCAGGUUUUUACAGGUGCCACUACUGGAUAGGAACAGGCUGGUCAGAGCCAAGCAAAAUUCUGCAGUUGGAGGCACCAGGCCAGCUGCCCAAGCCCAUCUUCUGGAUCCAAGAUGAGAACUCCCCUUUUCCCGGAUGUAAUGUAAAUGUACUCUGCCAUGGCUGGCUGCAGGAUUUGGUGUUUAUGCUAUUCAAAGAGGGAUAUGCAGAACCAGUGGACUAUCAAGUGCCAACCGGGACGGUGGCCAUAUUCUCCAUUGCCAACAUAACCCCCCAAAGUGAAGGGGUUUACAUCUGCCGUACUCAUAUCCAGAUGCUCCCCACUCUGUGGUCAGAACCCAGCAACCCCCUGAAGCUGAUUGUGGCAGGACUCUAUCCCAAGCCAACUCUAACAGUUUAUCCUGGGCGCAUCCUGGCACCUGGAGAAAGCCUGAGUCUCAGGUGCCAAGGGCCAAUCUAUGGAAUGACCUUUGUUCUAAUAAAGCUUGAAGACUUAGAGAAGUCCUUCUCUCUCAAGAGGCCAAUAAAAAAUGAGGCAUAUUUCCUCUUCCGGUCUUUGAAAAAAUAUGAUACUGGACGUUACCUCUGCUUUUACUACGAUGGGUCAUACAGGGGUUCACUGCUUAGUGAUAUCAUGAAAAUCUGGGUAACCGACACUCUUCCAGAGACCUGGCUGUUUGCUCAUCCCGGUCCUGUGGUACAGAUGGGUCAGAAUGUGAACCUGUCAUGUCAAGGGACAGUGGAUGGCAUGGGAGUUGAACUCUAUAAAAAAGGAGAAGACAAACCACUUCAGGUUUUGGAUUCCACCAGCAUCCGUGAGGGCAAGUCAUUCUCCCUCAAUAAUGUUACUUAUAGUGAUGCUGGCAUCUAUAGCUGCCACCAUCUUCUCUUCUGGAAGACCUCCAUCAAGAUGACAUCACACAACACUAUGGAGCUUUCGAUUAUAGAGAAACUCCCUACACCUAUUCUAUCAGGCUGGCCGAACAGUGUGCUCAAGCUAGUAAAGGUCACCCCACUCCAGUGCCCAGCACCUCGUCCAGUGCUUGAAUUUUCUUCAGAAAAGGAAGAAAGAACACCACUGCAAAAAUUCUCAGUGGAUCGAGAUGUCACUGUCAAUAAUGUUAAAGGGAAAGGCACAGAGACCUACAGUUGCAAUGAUCGCAUACGCCGUAACAUCUGGUCAUAUCCCAAGGAUCCUCUGAAGUUGAUGGGACCGAAAGGUUUUCUUACUUGGAAUCACGUUCUGAAUGAAGCUCUCAGGUUGUCCCUAAUCAUGCAGCUUGUUGCCUUGUUAUUGGUGUUGUUGUGGAUAAGAUGGAAAAGCCGAAGACUCAGACUCAGAGAAGCCUGGUUGCUGGGAACAGCUCAAGGGGUCACCAUGCUCUUCAUAGUCACAGCCUUGCUUUGCUGUGGACUGUGCAGUGGGGUAUUGACAGAAGAGACUGAAAUAAUCAUGCCAACUCCUAAGCCUGAGCUGUGGGCAGAGACCAACUUUCCUCUGGCCCCGUGGAAGAACUUAACCCUGUGGUGCAGAAGCCCUUCUAGCUCAACCAAGGAGUUUGUGCUACUUAAGGACGGGACAGGAUGGAUUGCUACUCGCCCUGCCUCAGAGCAGGUCCGGGCUGCCUUCCCCCUGGGUGCCCUGACCCAGAGCAACACAGGCAGUUACCACUGUCACUCUUGGGAGGAGAUGGCUGUUUCCGAACCCAGUGAGGCUCUUCAGCUGGUGGGGGCAGACAUUCUGCCCAAACCUGUCAUUUCUGCUUCCCCUCCAGUUGUGGGUCGGGAGCUACAGAUCCGUUGCAAAGGAUGGCUGGCAGGCUUAGGGUUUGCUCUGUAUAAGGUGGGGGUGAAGGAACCUGUCCAGCAACUUGGCGCCUUUGGGAGAGAAGCUUUCUUUACAAUCCAAAGUAUGGAGGUGAAAGACCAGGGCAAUUACAGCUGCCGCACGCACACAGAAAAUCAUCCCUUCAAAUGGUCUCAGCCCAGUGAGCCCCUGGAGCUGGUCAUAAAAGAAAUGUACCCCAAGCCCUCCUUCAAGACAAGGGACAGCCCUCUGGUCACUUCUGGUGCGCGAGUGACAUUCAACUGUUCCACUCCCAAAGAACAUAUGAGCUUUAUUUUGUACAAAGAUGGAAGUGAAAUAGCGUCCAGUGACCGAUCCUGGGCAAGGCCAGGAGCCAGUGCUGCUCACUUUCUGAUCUUUUCAGUGGGCAUCAGUGAUGGAGGGAAUUACAGCUGUCGCUAUUACGAUUUUGCUAUCUGGUCUGAGCCCAGCGACCCUGUGGAGCUUGUGAUUACAGAAUUCUAUCCCAAACCAACUCUCCUGGCCCAGCCUGGUCCUGUGGUGCUUCCUGGGAAAACUGUGACCUUGCGCUGCCAAGGGGCACUGCAAGGCAUGAGAUUUGCCCUCUUGCAGGAGGGAUCUCAGGUCCCCUUACAGUUCCAGAGUGUCUCGGGGAAUUCAGCUGACUUCCUGCUCCACACUGCUGGAGCAGAGGACUCUGGGAACUACAGUUGUGUCUACUAUGAGACAACCAUGUCCAACAGGGGAUCCUACCUCAGCAUGCCUAUUAUGAUCUGGGUGACUGACACAUUCCCCAAGCCAUCACUGUUUGCUGAACCCAGUUCAGUGGUCUCUAUGGGACAGAAUGUUACUCUCUGGUGCCAAGGCCCAGUCCAUGGAGUAGGGUACAUUCUGCAGAAGGAAAGAGAAGCCACUUCAAUGCAGCUCUGGGGCUCCACCAGUAAAGAUGGGGCAUUCUCCAUCACCAAUAUAUCUGGCAUGAGCAUUGGACGCUAUAGCUGCUGCUACCACCCUGACUGGACCAGUCCUAUCAAGAUACAACCUAGUAACACUCUGGAACUCAUAGUAACAGGUUUGCUUCCGAAGCCUAGCCUACUAGCCCAACCUGGUCCUAUGGUGGCCCCUGGAGAAAAUAUGACUCUUCAAUGUCAAGGGGAACUGCCUGACUCAACAUUUGUCCUGUUGAAGGAAGAUACUCAAGAGCCAGUAGAGCAGCAGAGACCAAAUGGGUACAGGGCUGACUUUUGGAUGCCAGAAGUGAGAAGUGAAGACUCUGGGACUUACAGCUGCGUUUAUUAUUUGGACUCUGCUCCUCUUGCAGCUUCCAAUCAUAGUGACUCCCUGGAGAUCUGGGUGACUGAUAAGCCCCCCAAACCCUCUCUGUCUGCCUGGCCCAACACUGUGUUCAAGCUAGGGAAGGACAUCACACUUCAAUGCCGAGGACCACUGCCAGGUGUUGAAUUUGUCCUGGAACAUGGAGAAGAAGUACCUCAACAAUUCUCAGAGGAUGGGGACUUUGUCAUCAACAAUAUAGAAGGAAAAGGCAUUGGAAACUACAGUUGCAGCUACCGCCUCCAAGCCUACCCCGAUAUCUGGUCAGAGCCUAGUGACCCCCUGGAACUGGUGGGGGCAGCAGGACCUGCUGCUCAGGAGUGCACUGUGGGUAAUAUUGUCCGAAGUACCCUGAUUGUGGUGGUAGUUGUAGCCUUGGGUGUGGUGCUAGCCAUAGAGUGGAAGAAGUGGCCUCGGCUCCGAACCAGGGGCUCAGAAACAGAUGAAAGAGACCAGACCAUAGCCCUUGAAGAGUAUAACCAAGAAGGAGAACCUAGCACUAACAGCAACUCUCCCUCAUCAACAUCUCAGGGAACUUCUGCAGAGGUGCAAGUUCCAGUAUAACUAUCCCCUCCUUUAUAAGAGCUUCCCUUUCCUCUUUCUUAACCUCUGAGAUCUGAAAACUCAACUGGUUAACCUUAGCAGUCUGCCCCAUCUACUGUUCCUUGACCACUAAUCAUCUAAGCUGGAUCAAGGAGGUUCUGGAAGCUAAGAGUUCUGCCUGAGUGAGAUCUUUCCUGAAGUGAGAUCCCCUGCUUCUAUAACUGCUCAUUGUACUGAUUUACUGGUGCAUGGAAUUCUAUUAAAAAUGUUUUCUUCUGUAUAAAAAGAAUAUUCACUAUUAAACUGCAACAACUACA